AUGUCCAAGUCAUGGAAAGCGACCUUGAAGCUCCCCAAGUCAAGUUUUCCGGCUCGUCCGAAUCCGAAGCUGCAACGACGACAUCUUCGGGACUGCAGCGACGACCUAUACCAAUGGCAGACAAAUAACCGUCCUCAGAACGACCAGUUCGUUCUGCACGAUGGCCCCCCAUAUGCCAACGGCCCGCUACACAUCGGCCAUGCCCUCAACAAGAUCCUCAAGGACAUGAUUGUUCGCAGCCAGGUGCAAAACGGAAAGCGGGUAGUGUACAGGCCAAGCUGGGAUUGCCAUGGCCUCCCAAUUGAGAUGAAAGCCCUGGGCUCCAACACCGCAGGGGGACUGAGUCCUGUCAAAGUGCGCGAAUCGGCAAGAAAGCUGGCUAGCAAGACCAUUACAGAGCAAAUGAAGGGAUUCCAGUCAUUUGGAGUCAUGGCCGAUUGGGAGAACAAAUGGACCACAAUGGACCGCGAAUACGAAAUACGCCAAUUGAGGGUCUUUCAGAAAAUGGUGCGCCACGGGCUGAUUUACCGCAAGCACAAGCCUGUAUACUGGUCCGUCUCGUCGAGGACAGCGCUGGCGGAAGCCGAGUUGGAGUAUCGAGAAGACCACAUCUCCCAUGCCGCAUAUGUCAGGUUUCCUAUUGUUGCGGACUUGAGUUCGAUACCGGCCCUUGCUGGCUUUGACGGUCCUAUAUACGCUGCUAUAUGGACGACUACGCCGUGGACACUGCCUGCCAAUAAGGCUAUCGCAGUUCAUGACAAGUUGCUGUACUCGUUGUUACGGGUGGGCGACUAUGGUCUCUUGGUUGGCUCCAGCCGUACCGAUGCUAUGCGAGAACUGCUCCCCCCUUUUGAGAUUGUGGCCGACUCCAUUUACGGUUCGGAGAUAGCUGGGUUGAGAUACCGAAAUGCGCUGCUCGGCAAGUCAGCGGCGGAGCAACCCAUUGUUCAUGCUGACUUUGUAUCUGCUGAUUCGGGCACGGGGCUGGUACAUAUGGCGCCCGGACACGGUCAGGAUGAUUAUGAAGCGUGUGCUAGGCUUGGAAUCGAGGCGUUUGCUCCUAUUACAGACGAAGGAUUCUUUACGCAGGAGGCGUACCCUGAUCAGCCUGACCUGCUCACCGGCGCCCCUUCAAUUUUGGAAGGCGGCGGCAAGGCCGUCUUGGAAUUGAUAAAGGAGGACGUUCUCGCUACGCACGAUAUCCAGCACAAGUAUCCGUACGACUGGCGGACGAAACAGCCUGUUGUUGUAAGAGCAACCGCGCAAUGGUUCACGGACGUGGGACGGAUAAAAGAGGGUUCGCUGAAGGCACUUAGUAACGUGCGGUUCGUUCCGGAAUCGGGGAGGUCUCGUCUUGAGAGCUUUGUCAAGGGCAGAAGCGAGUGGUGCAUCUCGCGGCAGCGGUCAUGGGGGGUUCCAAUUCCCGCCCUGUACGAUGAGGCUGGCAAUGCCGUCAUGGACGAAGAAACCAUUGAGCACAUCAUUUCUGUGAUGCAGCAGCGGACGUCGCAGGCGUGGUUCUCUGAUCCGAUUGACGAUCCCGCCUGGGUGCCGGCAAAUCUCCAGGGCGGAUAUCGGAGAGGCACAGAUACCAUGGAUGUAUGGUUCGACAGCGGCACCAGCUGGAUGGAAAUCGGGCAGCCUGUCGACGUCUACCUUGAGGGCUCGGACCAACAUCGCGGCUGGUUUCAGUCGAGUUUGCUAACGUACGUUGCUUCGCAAAAGGCGGAUGGUGUGUCGGACGCAGAUAUCCAACCGCCUUUCAGGACGCUCAUUACUCACGGCUUCACUCUGGACGCCCAGGGAAAGAAGAUGUCCAAGUCACUUGGCAAUACCAUUGUUCCUGAAGAGGUAAUAGAUGGGCGACUGCUGCCGCCGCUGAAGGACAAAAGCAAAGGUGGUAGUAAAGGGGCGCCUCGUUUCGACGCCCUUGGAGCGGAUGCUCUACGGUUGUGGGCUGCUAGCUGUGACUUUACGUCUGAUAUCUUGAUUGGACCUUCUAUUCUGCAACCAAUUCACAACGCGCUCAUCAAGUAUCGUACCAUUCUGAAGAUGGUGCUCGGGUCGCUGCACGAGUCCAGCCGCAGCGCUCCGCUUACCAAGCUCGAUCAAAUGGCCAUUGCGCAGUUAUCCGACACCAUGGCUCAGGUUUGGGAGGCUGUCAAUAACUACGAGUUCCACAAGGCAACAGGCCUUAUCAAUCGCUGGGUAGCUACUGAUCUGUCUGCUUUCUAUCUCGAGGCGCUCAAGGAUCGUCUGUAUUGCGGCGACGGCGGUGGCGCCCUUGAACCCAUCUUCAUUGGGUUCCUGCGCAUGCUAGCACCUAUCACACCGGUAUUAGUUGAGGAAGCAUGGUCCCAUCGCCCGUCGUGGAUGGUUGAUGAUGUCAACUUGGAAAACCCAGCUCGGCAACUAUACAAGUCACCGCUGAUCGAUCCAUCCCGACUAACAGUCGACCCGGACAAACUCCGACGCGAUGCGGUGUCCCUCGGGAUUGUCCAUGCUGCCGUCAAGGCUGGUUUGGAACAAGCACGCGAGGCGAAAGCCCUAGGCAGUUCGCUUCAAUGUUCUGUUCUUAUCAACACUGAGAACAACGAGUUGGCAACCCUGCUUGACGAAUACGCCGACGAGCUUGACGCGAUGUUUGUAGUAUCACAUGUGGACGUGAACAGGACAGUGGACGAUGAACGAGCGUGGUGCUACACACGGGAAUUCGAGCUCCCUGCGGCACCUGGGGGUAUAGUGCAUGUGCUACCUCCGCGACAGGCGAAGUGCUCUAGGUGUUGGAGGUACCUUGCUGCGCAGGAAGAUGGGCUUUGUGAUAGGUGCGAGGAUGCAGUUGCUGAUGUCGCGGCUGCUGCGUAG